AUGGAUUCACCCUCGGGGUUUGAAUUUAAAUUCAACCAAAAGGUCUGCAAGCUUCAGAAGUCUCUUUAUGGCUUGAAACAGUCACCUCGAGCAAAGUUUGAAAGCUUCACUCAAUUUGUUAAGAAGCAUGGAUAUUCUCAAUGCCAAAUUGAUCACACCAUGUUUGUGAAACAUUCUUCUCAAGGCAAAAUGGCAAUAUUGAUCGUUUAUGUAGAUGAUAUUGUUAUCAUCGAGGGUGAUUCUAAUGAAAUAAAAAAUUUGAAGCUUGCUGCUGAAUUUGAAAUUAAAGAUCUUGAGCCUUUAAAAUAUUUUUUGGGAAUGGAAGUUGCAAGAUCAAAGAAAUGGAUUGUUGUAUCACAACAAAAAUAUAUUUUAGAUCUUUUAAAAGAAAUCGGGAUGAUGGGUUGUAGGCCAGCUGAUACUCCAAUAGAUCCUAAUCAGAAAAUUGGUAGUAAUGGCAGUAGUGAUCCAGUGGAUACAUCUCGAUAUAGCUUUUAUUGCUAUCUUAGUGAGUCAACUUAUGCACUCACCUCACGAAGAACAUUUAAAGGUUGUUUAACGUAUUAUAAGGUAUCUCAAAAGUUCCCCCGGAAUGGGACUGUUUUCCAUAAAAUUGAUCAACAAGGAAUUAAGGUAUUUACUGACGUAGAUUGGGCAGGGCCCAUCACGGAUAAAAAGUCAACAUCUGGUUACUGCACAUUUGUUUGGGGAAACUUAGUUACUUGGAGGAGCAAGAAACAAAAUGUAGUAGCUAGAAGCAGUGUUGAGGCAAAAUAUAGGGCAAUGGCCCAAGGUGUUUGUGAAGAGCUCUUCAAAGAAUCUUAG